AAAUCAACUCAAGUUGACUUCUGUCAAAAAUUUCGCAACACAUUUUAAUCAAAAUUAUCGUUAGAAAAAUGCAUAAGUUUAUUGCAACUGAGCUUCAACUCAUGGUAGAUACCAUAAUUGUCCGUUCAAUGUCCUAUCCGACCUACUCUAUGGAAGUGAUACUGGCUUCAGUAGUGGUUAUUGUACAAUUACUUUUAUGUGUUGAGAUAGAAAUUUCCAUAUCGAGAACUUAUGACAGAACCAAUGCUAAAAGAUGGAAUAAGAACUCAGUUAAUGGUGACCCCUUCCAAAUAUCGGAUUAUGGUCGUUGCGAUAGUUUUAUGUUUCCCGGACUGCCGCAACUUCUCCAGAGAAAUCCGGAAAUGCUUUCAAAAAUUAAUUAUGGGACUAUACGAAGAAUGGGCAUGAUGCAUAAUGAUAUGUCGGAUUUCAUACGGUUGAAUCCAAAGGGAGACUCGAUUUCUGGUAAUACGUAUUUUUCUGAGAGGGAAAAAAGGGCUGAAUUUUUGCUAUCAAUAACACCAAGCCAAUACAUACAGAAAGACAGGGAACGAUUAAAUCAAAAAGGACUUCGUUCUUGUAUCGAAUCGCUAGCUACAAACCUUGAAAAGGCCAUCAUCAACGACUCUAUAGAAAUUCAAAGUGUGGUGAAGGAUGCCGUUAAACGUAGCCUUAACACGUUAAAAGACAACAUCGAAGCUGAUAAAAAUUCAAACUUUCAAUUAACUAAUUUUCCCUCGCCGAGUUUGCAAAUUUUAAUCGAUCAAAUCGAAGACAAAAAAGCUUUAGAAAACUCUUUAUCGCCCGACUUAAUAUCGUCAAUAUACGUUGCCCCAGAAGUAAGGUCUUCCAUAAAAAACAACAUUGGUUCUGGAGUAACCAAGCACAAAUCCGAAAUUGAAAUCAGGGAAAUAAAAAGUUGCAAUCUGAGUAUCAAAUCCAGUAAAUCUCUAAGCGAUAUUGUAGAUAUUCAAGACGAUAUUGUUGAAAAACACAAAGAGAGAAUGGUCAUUAGUUAAUCAACGUGUCGAAUAUUUUCAUAUUAUGUACCUAUUAUUUUGAGAGAAAUAAAUGUUUAUCA